GUCCAGCGCACGUCUUCUCAUCGAAGCACCCCUCCAAGCUUUCUUAUCCACCGCAGCCAUGCUUUUCUUCAGCUUCUUCAAGACUCUGACCAACCAGACGGUCACCAUUGAGCUCAAGAAUGACAUCCGCAUUCGUGGAAUCCUGAAAUCUGUCGACCAGUACUUAAACAUCAAGCUUGACGAUAUCGAAGUAUUGGAUCUGGCCAAGUACCCCCACUUGUCUUCAGUGAAGAACAUGUUCAUCCGAGGCAGUGUGGUUCGUUACGUGAUGUUGCCUCGGUCGGAGGUUGACGUGGGGUUGUUGGAGGAUGCCACACGGCGAGAGGCUGCCAACCAGGCUGGCAAAGCUCGCUAAACGAUCAUGGCCUCAAUUUUACGACAAAUCACGCAUCGCGCUCUUCAAUACCGUUGUUCCCACCAGGUGGGCACCAGCAAAGAACAUGACUAUAUGGCCAAAAGUAUGGGGUUCCAGGUGGCUUCCCAAUAUUGAGAUGACCCAAUGGAUAGCCGGGGAGACGGGUUCGUGCAACGAAGGAUGUUCGAAACUCCCAUACCACUCGAGUGCACCCAAGAUGCCAAAUUGACCUUGGAUCGCCACUUCAGGAAUCCUGCUGAUAUGCCGCAAAAGCAAUUUCGUCGGAGAUUACCCGCCUCUAGCUCACGCUGGCACCUGGACUGCGUUGUUCAUGAUACCUCGUUAGACAUUUUUUUUGCAAUAAUGAACAGCAACUUUUUUUUUGGUCAUUUGACUAUAUCACAAUGCUCUAAACAGACCAAAAUCAAAAUGUAGUCCCAGUUGGAGCCGAGUAAUACCGACCACGUGACCGCGUGUCGCGAUCCUGUUUCUUCGCGCCUCUUGACCCAACUA